AGCCGCUGUGGGAGCUCAUGGCGCUCAAGAUGGCCAGCUACUGCGCGCGCCACCCGCUUCCUGGCGGAGGAGACGUGCUCCCGCUUGUGAGGGAGCGGUUGCGCGGUGUGGGGCUGCCGCGGCGCUGUGAGGAUAGCCGGGGUGGUGGUGGUGAUGGCAAGGCGGUUGGGCCGGAGGUUGUUGCUGUGGGGGUUGGCCCGGCGGCAGGUGGUGCGGAAGCGGGACAGGAUCUGGGCGGCUCGGCCGGCUCGGACAUGGUCGUCGUCUCGCGCGAAGAUGCGAAUGAUGAUGCCGCCGAUGGCGGCGGCGCAAAGGAGCCGGAGGAGGGCAAGGAGCAGCAACAGGCGGCGCCUCAGAAGAAGGGGUUUCCGUGGAGUCUGGUCCCGACGAAGAGGAUCGGGCGGCGGGUGAGGAUGGCGGCGCGGCAGCAUCCGCCUAGACGGCCGCCCGAGAUUGGUCCGCGUCCUGUUGUGUUGUUCCCCAUGGACGCUGGCGCAGACCCCUUCCCCGAGCCUGUGGUGGUGGCCGAUCCUCUGGUGAAGCCGACCAAGUCGGCUGAACGUCGCCGGUUCUCGGUUCACUUCUGAUGGCGAAGACAGGUUUGGGCAGUUUUGGAGCUCUUGCCUUUUCUUCAUUUGUUUAUGAUAACACCAGCACUGCCGGAUCUAUUGGAGUUUCAAUUUAUUGAUGCACUCUUCGCUGCUUUCCCUUGUUAAUUGGACCUU